AUGUGGAUUGUAGAGGAUGAUGGUGUUGAAAGGAAAAGUUUUGAAUGUUUUUAUUGUAAAACAAUACUUAAAGCCAAGACAGAUCGAAACGGGACGUCUAAUAUGAACAAACAUUGGAAGAACUGCAAGUUAAACCCGGAUAACGAAGAAAAGAAUGAUAAAAAGCAAGCCAAAUUGAAUUUUAAGAAGGAACCAAAUGUUGAGAUUAGUGUACAAACAUGGAAACAAGAUGAUGCUAGGAUCAAACGAGCAUUACUAUGCCUUUUUACCAUUGGAGAAUUAUCAUUCAAGUACGUUGAACAUGAAGCAUUUAUUGAAUACACUAACGUGCUUAAUAGUAGGGUGAUCUUGCCUUCUAGACAUAAAAUUUCCCGAGAUGGAGGCACGUUUACUUAG